CUCGCCCUGCCGGCCGCCGGGCGGGAGUCCGGGCGGCCAUGGCGGCCCUCAGCGCCUCCGCCCCCAGGACGAGGACGACGACGGCGGCGGCGGCGGCGCUGGGGGAGGUGGAGGACGAGGGCCUGCUGGCCUGCCUGUUCCGGGAGCGGCUGUGGGAGGGCGGCGCGUGGGAGCGGGCGUCGGUGGCGGGCUACCUGCGGGAGCUGAGCGGCUGGGGGCUGGAGCGUCUGGGCCGCGAGCCCGAGCGUCUGGCCGAGGAGCGGGAGCAGCUGGGCCGCCGGACGCGGGCCUUGGCCUGCACCAACUACAAGACCUUCAUCCGCGGCGCCGACUGCACGAACCGCAUCCACCGCCUCUUCGCCCACGUCGAGGCCUCGCUCGGACGGAUCCUGCUGCGGCUGCCCGCCUUCCAGCGCGCCUGCAGGAACUUCGUGAAGGAUGCAGAGGAGAUCGGUUCCAGCCGCCGUAUGAAUAACCUGACGUUGAACCGGCACACGGAGAUCCUGGAGAUCCUGGAGAUCCCUCAGCUCAUGGACACCUGUGUCCGCAAUGGCUACUACGAGGAGGCCCUGGAGCUCGCAGCUUACGUGCGCCGGUUGGAGAGGAAGUACUCUGCUAUUCCCGUUAUCCAGGGCAUCGUGAACGAAGUCCGACAGUCGACGCAACUGAUGCUGAGCCAGCUGAUCCAGCAGCUCCGCACCAGCAUCCAGCUCCCCGCCUGCCUGAGGGUCAUCGGCUACCUGAGGCGCAUGGACGUCUUCACCGAAGCCGAGCUGCGCAUCAAGUUCCUGCAGGCGCGCGACGCCUGGCUCCGGGCGAUCCUGACGGCCGUCCCCGGCGACGACCCCUACUUCCACAUCACCAAGACCAUCGAGGCCUGCCGCGUCCACCUCUUCGACGUCAUCACGCAGUACCGGGCCAUCUUCUCGGACGAGGACCCGCUGGCGCCUCCGGCCGCCGGCCAGCGGCCCGUGAACGAGAGGGCCAUAUUCCACGGCUGGGUGCUGCAGAAGGUCUCGCAGUUCCUGCGGGCGCUGGAGGACGACCUCCGCCGAGGGGUGGGAGGCCGCUUGGACUCCCUGCUGGGCCAGUGCAUGUACUUCGGCCUGUCUUUCAGCCGGGUGGGGGCCGACUUCCGAGGCCAGCUGGCCCCCGUCUUCCAGCGGGUUGCCCUGGGCGCCUUCGGGAAAGCGGUCGACGAGGCGGUGGAGAAGUUCCGGGACGAGAUGAACUCCUACACCCUCAUCUCCGCCCCAUCCGUCCCGGGCGGCGGCGUCCCCCCGGGGCCGCCCGGGACGCAGCCCGGGACCCUGCAGCCUCCCAUGGUGCUCCUGGAUUUCCCACCUCUCGCCUGCUUCCUCAACAACAUCCUGCUUUCGUUCAACGAUCUGCGCCUCUGUUGCCCCGUGGCUCUGGCUCAGGAUGUGACGGUGUCUCUGGAGGACGCCCUCGUAAAGGUGACAAAAAUCAUCCUGGCCUUCCACAGGGCGGAGGAGGCGGCCUUCAGCAGCCGGGAGCAGGAGCUGUUCGUCCAGUUCUGCACCAUCUUCCUGGAAGACUUGGUCCCCUACCUCAAUCGAUGUCUUCAGGUCCUCUUCCCCCCGGCUCAGAUUGCCCAGACUUUAGGCAUCCCACCCACGCAGCUCUCCAAGUAUGGGAAUCUCGGACACGUGAAUGUCAGUGUGGUCCAGGAGCUGCUGGCCUCUGUCCUGCCAAAGAAGGAAACUGUCUUCCCUCCGGACGAAAAGGAACUUCUCCGGGAGCUCCCAGUAGCAAGUUCAGAACUCCCGGAACGGGAGCAGACCCUGGAAUCCGCCGGCCGACCUUCCCUCGAGAGUGUGGAAGACAAGACUGCUCGAGAAGAGGAGGAGGAAGAGCCUUUGCAGGCCGACCCUUCAGCAGGGCCCGGCUAAGUUCAAGGAGCUGGAGUCGGAGGCCGCUCCACGGCACUUAAAACGGGACCUUUUAGGAACCGCAGCCAGGAUUUUGGUGCAGGGUGCGGCGGUUUGGUCAGGCGGGGGAGUUUUCCGGGGUUUGAUGUCUGUCCAGACCUCGUGGACUUGAAUUCAGCCCUGCAAGCGAGAAAGAAUAUUGCCUUAAAUGAUGUAAAAAAUCUUUUCUCUGGAGACUGGCUCCCUUGAAUUAUGCCCUGUGGGAGUGACAGUGGGUGAGUCAAAAAUUCAAAGUAGUUGGGUGGUAGGUAUAUAUGGAGAGUUAGAAUUCUUUGAACACAGCCGUACUAAGGAAUAAAUCUGAUUAGUUUUAUGCCAA